UACAAAGUUUGCCAUCCCGACAAAGACUUCAUUGUUGGUCGUUUGGUUGAGGAGAACAUUGUCGACGCAAUCUGUUUCAGUAAGCGUGUUGUUUGUUUCUUAACGCAAAACUUUCUAAAUAGUCCCUUCUGCAUGUUUGAAUUUGAAAAAUCUCUGCAAAGAAAUAUGGAAAAAAACAAAGAAAGAUUAAUCGUUUUGUUAAACAAAUCGUUUGAAGUGGACAAGAAAAAACUGCCGAGACACAUGUUUAACUUCCUGAAGACGCAUACGUACAUCGAA